CCCGCAUUCACAUCCUAGCCUAAACAUCCCGCCUGGCGACUUCGUAAAGCAACCUUUCCGAUAUGGCGUCGAGCGCCUCGAUAUCAACGGCAGAUGUUCAAGAGAAGUUCACAGAAGCUGCCCACAUAGCCAUCAGAGAUGCAUCGAUAGGAGAACGAGUUAGGGAGUUCCAACAGGCGGGGUUUCCAAUAGAAACCGCAGAAGGAUUGGAAUUUUGUCAAAGGAAUGUGAUUGAGGACGCGCGAAUCCGAUUCAUUUUGGAAACUCUGUUUCCCUGGUGUAGUAUCGGAAUCUACGAGGUCUACCGCAGCAACCCUGACCGCAUUUAUGCCUUCAUGACUGGACUCAACUCCGAACGAAAUGCCGUCGUGGUUCGCCUACAAAGUCCUGGUUCCAAAGUUGUCUUAUUUAAUGGAUCGCACACGCUGCCGAUCAAAGGCUUCAAUGCCCCCAACGGUCUACUAGAGAUGUUGGAGGCUCCAUUGAAAGGAUGCAAACAAAUGGAGAUAGACCUGCCUGAUGGUGGCUUAGUUCUUCACGAUGCGCGAGUAUCAUUUCGAUCGAUUCAGGGUUAUUCAAUCAAGUUUGCUUGUGCUACAAGAGAAGAAAUACAGGGUUGGCCAAAAAAGAAGUUUCCCAAAGCAUUGUCCUCGCAAGCCGCCGCGAUAGAAACACCAACCAUUGGCUUGAACUUCAAGUUCGAAGACUAGUCAAGGUAUUGAGGUACCGAAAUGUUACCCUC